UUCUUUCAAGCUUCCUCCAUCUCUCUCUCUCUCUCUCUCUCUCUCUAUCUAUCUUUCUUCUGCGAUGUGAUCUUCCGCCAUAUCCAAUCAAAUCUUUGCCCAAAUGAUUUGAAGCACUUAUAUAUAGCCAAUUGAAAACACUUAACCAAAGAUGGUUUUCUCAUCUCUUCCACUGUAUCAGUUUGAUCCACCAAACUGGCAGCAGCAAGCGAACCAACAACCAACUGGAUUCACAAACGAUCAUCACAACCCUAACAAUUUUCCGCCGCCGGUUCCCUCUGCCGAUCUUCCUCCGCCUCAGGCCAGCGGCGGUGCCACCGUGGGCCAGACUGUGAGGCCAAACUCGAUGGUGGAACGAGCCCGGCUCGCCAAGAUCCCACUGCCUGAGGCAGCCCUAAACUGCCCUAGAUGUGAUUCCACUAACACCAAGUUUUGCUACUUCAACAACUACAACCUCAGUCAGCCUCGCCACUUCUGCAAGACCUGUCGCCGUUACUGGACACGUGGCGGCGCCCUGAGGAAUGUUCCUGUGGGCGGAGGGUGUAGGAGGAACAAGAGGAGCAAAUCCAACGGCAGGAGCGGCUCCAGAUCGAAAUCAACGGUCGUGGUUGCAUCUGAUCAUCAUCAUCAAGCCACUACUUCCUCUAGUUCGGCUCCUUCUUCUCACACAAGUUAUACAAACCCUAGCAAGCGUCUGAACGUUGGACAAAUCUCGGGUUUAAACCCGAACUUGCCCAACUUGUCUCCUCUCCAAGGUCCUAGAGACUACGGUAUGAACAACAUUGGGUUGGAUUUAGGGGGGAUUCGGUUAAGUAAUGCGAUAACGGGGAAUGCAAGUGGUGGGUUGUUGGAUCAUUGGAGACCAUCAUUGCACCAAUUCCCUUUCUCGAUUAACACGGCAGGAUUAGGACAAUCUUCAAGUGUGUUGUAUCCGUUACUAGAAGGUAAUGAAGGAGCUAAUCAAGAACAAGAGACCGGUUAUGCGAAUCAACUAAGGUCUAAGCAGCAGCUGAUGGAUAUGUUUACACAACCAGACAUUGUGAAAGCUGAAGAGAACGAUCAUCAUCGUAACGGCGUGAAUAACUUGUCGGCGAACAUUAACAUAAACUUGACGAUUGAUGACCAAUACCCUUCAUCAUGGGGUGGGAAUAACAACUCUUGGAACACCGAUCUCCCCGGUUUCACUUUCAACAACUCCUUGUGAUCAUUUAAUGCUUCUGAACACCUCGAGAUAUCGAUCUCCAUGAACCUAAAGGGUUGUCCGUUCACUCGCCAUUCUUGAUUCUUUGGUUGGUUGGACCGUACAUCGCGUUUUAUCAAGUGAGGCCAUCGAGAUCAGACCCGAGCUAUGAUGAAGAUCAAUUCCGGGCUUCAAUGUGAGAGGUAUGAUCAAAAUGUCGAGACUUAGUUAUUAGGUUUCUAGCCUUAAAAUGAACCAAAUUCGACCGGUAUGAUCGGCUAUCCUUCUUUACAUUUCUUCCUUUUGGUGAAAGUUUGUAUCAGGUAUGAGUGUUUUUUAAAGAGUACCGCUUGUCCUCUCCAUCCUUCGUCUU